UAAAUCGUUUGGAGAAGACCGGAGAUGGCGGUGAGACAAAAAAAAAGCUAUGGCGACGUUGCCGAAGCUGAUUCGAGCCAUGAGAAAUGGAUCUCCCAAGCAUAACAACCUCGUCUUGCCAUCUCUAAGAAGAGCUUUCUCUCUCUACGAUCAGAUCAAUCUCAUCGACAACGUUCCCGAGGAUCAACUUCGGUUUCAGGAAUUUGAUGAGACGAGUUUCACGGUGAAUGGGGUUAAGUACGAUGGGAGCUUGCUCUGUGUUGGGAACUUGCUGAUGUCAUGGAGCCCUCGUAGCUUCUCCGAGAUCACAACAGAUAGCUUGUCAAUCUUCCAGACUGUUCGACCAAUUCCAGAGCUUUUAAUUGUCGGCUGUGGAAGAUACAAUCACCCAGUGAAUCCACAAGUCCGUCAGUUCGUGAAGUCAAUUGGAAUGAAGCUAGAAACUUUGGACUCUAGAAAUGCUGCAUCGACUUACAACAUACUGAAUGAGGAAGGCAGGAUCGUGGCGGCUGCGUUGCUUCCUUAUGGAGUUACAUCCUAACUCACAGCACGGUGGUGUUCUUCAGGACAGUUGGGACAUCUCAAGCAAGGCCGGUCCUGGACAAGCCGGAUAAAACAUUCGCCUCAAGCUCUCAAAAUUUUUGAAAAAAAUUAUAUAUAAAUAGGCUCCUAAAUUUGUAAAAAUAAAUAAAUAAUAAUAGGACUCAAACUAUAGAAAUUCUUUUUAAAUCGUCUAUAGCCCCCAAAAUUUUAAGCCCGGCUCAGGGUUUGAGAAUCUUGGUUACAGUUGUUUAUGUGAACUUGACUAUGAAAUCUUAUGUUCAAGAGUAA